CAACAGCAAAAUAAACUGUGCUCCCUCACUACUUUAUAUACCACUCUCUGUCCUCCUUCAUUCCGCUAUUUCCCUUACUUUCUCUCUCCUCAUCUUUUUCCCCUUUCAAUUUUCACUUAGCUACCCCGCCGCCUCCUCACCCAACUCCUCAAAAUCCCGCCAAUUUCCUUUGAUCACAAACAAACCCUUCUUUCAUUUUUAUUUUAUAUUUUUUGACCUCUUUUGAUCAUUUUUGUAUUUGAUCAUUUCUCAAUUCUCAUCCUCAACCUCUCAUCUCUUAUCUUCUCUUUUUGUCUCAUAACAACUUUUAUAAUCAUAUCAUCAUGAUGUUAGAUCUAAAGGAAGAACAGUGUUCGGUUUCGGAAUCCCAAAGUAGUAGCAAUGAACUGAAGAGAUGUACUGAUUGUCAAACAACUACUACUCCUUUGUGGAGAGGAGGCCCUGCUGGUCCUAAGACAUUGUGUAAUGCAUGUGGGAUCAAAUAUCACAAGAAGAGAAGGGCACUUUUGGGAUUAGACAAAGGAAAAGUAGACAAACACAACAACAAAAAGAAGAUGAUGAACAACAAAAGUAGUAGUAGUGGUAGUAGUAGUAAUGGAAGCCUUGGAAUCCCAUUGAAGAUUAAAGUUAUGGCUUCAGGAAUUAGACAAACAAGUGAAAAUUUAAGGGAUAAAUUAGGAGAAGUUGAGCAAGCGGCUAUGCUUUUGAUGGCUUUGUCCUAUGGCUCUGUUUAUGCUUAGUGAGAGAAUAUUUUUUGUCACUUGUUUUUCCAAUUUUACCCCUCUCACUGACCAACAACAACACAAAUCUUAUUACCCUACCCCUUAUGUUUAUUUCCAAUGUCCUCUUGUAUUUUUGUUUUUCCAUUUUACCCCUGCCAUAUUAGGCUAACAGUUUUGUGGGGGUUUUUUUUUUAUGACUAGGGCAUUGUUGUAAAAGUAAGUAGAUAGUGGUGUUUUUUUGACAAUUUGGCUAAAUUAUAAAGGAUUUUGGCUUUAGGUUCUACAA